AUGACGCACAAGAUCAUCAUCGACACCGAUCCCGGUGUCGAUGACGCGGCAGCCCUGUUGUUCGCCCACAAUCAUCCCGAGAUCGACCUGGUCGGCAUCACGACGAUUUUCGGAAAUGCCGAUAUCGAUAACGUGACAGCCAACGCCCUGUUCCUAAAGCAGCAUUUCGGCAUCGCCGCUCCGGUGGCGCGUGGCGCCAGCCGGGCGCUCGCCCGCGCCAACGGCCCCAGCCCGACCCAUGUUCACGGCAGCAACGGGCUGGGCGAUAUCGCAAGAAGCGAUGGCGCUGCCGGGGCCAUCGAUCCCCGUCCGGCUCAUCGGUUCAUCACCGAUUGUAUUGAGGACAAUCCCGGCGAAAUCACACUCGUGGCCGUGGGGCGUCUCACCAAUCUGGCGCUGGCCCUCAACCAUGCACCCCAGAUUGCGGCGCUGGUCAAGGGCGUGGUGAUCAUGGGAGGCGCUUUCUCGACAGCGGGUCCUAACGGCAACGUCACGCCGGUGGCGGAGGCCAACAUCAUAGGUGACCCCGAGGCGGCCGAUCAGGUUUUUUCCGCUGAUUGGCCGCUUACAGCGAUCGGCCUCGACGUCACGCGUCAGGUAAUUCUAUCUCGCGAAGAUGUAGCCGAGUUGGCCCAAGCCGGUCCGAGCCAGGCAUUGCUGGCUCGUCUGACCCAAGGCUACCUCGACUACCAUGCACGCCUUGGCAUCGAUGGAUGCUAUGUCCACGAUUCCUCUGCACUAGGCUAUUUGGUCCGACCCGACCUUUUCCAAAUGCAGUCCGGGCCAGUGAGGGUUGCCUGCGACGGCGUUGCGCGGGGCCAGACCAUCAUGGCCGACAUUCAUACGCCUUACCCUCCCAAUAGAUGGGACGAUCGUCCACACAUAUCCGCCGCUGUCGGCGUGGAUGCACGGGCAAUGCGAGCGCUCGUUCUUGAGGUACUCGGGAUCUCCGACCAGGCCUGA